AUGGCGGUCGUCCUUCCCGCGGGUCUUGCGACCGUCUUGCUCGCCCCUUAUACAGUCGUUUUGGUUGGCCUUGCCUUCACAUUCUUCUUCCUAUGGCCUCUAAUCGUCUACUUCCGGGACGCUAAAGGUUUACGCAAGUUCCCUAAUAUGACGACCUUUUCUGGCAUGUACAACUUGCCCUUCAUUAUCCUGGCGCACACUGGCAGCCGCUCUCUUCACCUGGCCAAGCUUCACAAGGACUAUCCUAUUCUCCGCACCGGUCCCAACUCUCUCUCGUUCGGCAGGGUCAACGCCAUCAAGGAUAUUUACGGUCAUGGCACUCCCUGCACCAAGGAUGAGCAAUACCUCGUCGGUGCUGGGUCCCACUUCCACCUGGCCGAUGUUGUCGACAAGUCCGAGCACGCGAGAAAGCGCAAGGUUUUAUCGGCCGCCUACGCCCUCAAGAACCUCGAACGUUGGGAGUUCAAGGUCGCUGACAAGGUUCAGCGCAUGAUUGCCCAGAUUGACAAGCUUUGCACCGCUCCACCGCGAAAAGGCGAGAUCGAGCCCGCCCCCGAGGAUGUCAAGGUUGAUGUACGCACCUGGUUCAACUUCUUCUCUCUCGAUGCCAUCGUCGACAUCGGCCUCUCUGCUCGCCUUGGCCUAAUCGACCAGGGUCAUGAUAUGACGACUGCACUGCGCAAAGACGGAACCACCUUCCAGACGAGUCUCCGCGACUGCCUCUAUCCUACUGCCCGCAAGCAGUCAUGGCUUAUCUGGAGCUAUGAUUACUACAAAGUACUCGACAAGCUCUCCAAUAUAAUCCCUUUCUAUAACAAGAUGCAAAAGGCUGCCGAUGGCUGGGAGGCCAUUGUAUUGUACCAGUCUGCCCAGCGCCUGGAGCGUUAUCGCAAGGGUGAGAAGCUCGACGACUUCUUCCAGGCUCUCAUGGAGGAUAAGAACGGCAAGCCCCAGAACCUCGACUGGGGCGAGAUUGUCGCCGAGAUCAAUAUCAUGAUGAAUGCUGGAAGUGUCACUACUGCCAUCGCCCUUGCCAACAUCCUCUACCAACUUAUUCUACACCCCGAUAUCAUGGCCAAGCUCCGUGCUGAGCUUGAUGAUGCCUUGGAUCCGGAAGAGGUCGUUGCCCCCUACGACAAGGUCAAACAUCUGCCUUACCUUCGCGCCUGUCUCGAUGAGUCCCUCCGUCUUUGGCCCCCUACUCCGCACGGUCUCCCUCGUAAGACGCCUGCCGAAGGGCUCUCCGUCAUGGGCCACUAUGUCCCCGGCAAUACCACCGUUAGCAUGUCCGCACUCGUCGCCCACAGAGACGAGACUGUCUACCCCAAUGCUGACAAGUUCAUCCCGGAUCGCUUCCUCGGCGAGGAUGGCAAGAACCUCCAGUCCUCCUUUAUUACCUUCUCUGCUGGUGCACGCGGCUGCAUCGGCCGUAAUAUCUCAUAUCUGGAGCAGGCUGUUCUGCUGGCCUCUAUGGUGCACCGCUACGACUUCUCCAUGCCCAAGAGCUUCGAGAUUCAGAGGGAGGAGACAAUGAACCAUCUCCUAGGUCCCUUGCCUCUCAAGACAUGGAGGCGGCAUUUUAGCACUAAAUAA